UCGGCCGAAGUACACCCCCCACCCCCACCCCCACCCCCACCCCCCAGAAGAAAAUUUCGCGGCUUGGGUUGAGGAGCUCUGGAGGGGAACAUCUCUCUGUGGCCUCUUCCCUCCCUUCCCACGAAUCCAAUCAACUUUUGUUGCAAAUAAAGAUCAUGUCUUCGGGAAAUCAAGAUGACAAAUCUAGUUCAGGUGAAAACAAAAGCUCCAAAACUGAAGCAUCAUCUGCCUCGCAGCAACCAGGACGUCACAGGACUGCUUCAACAGGAACAGCUGGGCUCCCCACAAAUCCUUUUGACCUGUCUACAAUGACUGAUCUGCUUAAUGAUCCAACUAUAAAAGAAAUGGCGGAACAAAUUGCAAGGGAUCCUGUUUUCAAUCAGAUGGCUGAACAACUUCAGAAAAGUGUCCAUGGUGCAGGGCAAGAGGGUCCUCCCCAGUUCGAUCCCCAACAAUAUAUUUCAAACAUGCAACAGAUCAUGCAAAAUCCUCAGUUUAUGACAAUGGCUGAGCAGCUUGGAAGUGCUUUAAUGCAGGAUCCUUCUAUGACCUCCAUGUUUGAAAAUUUGACUAAUCCAUCUCAUAAAGAACAAAUUGAAGAACGGAUGGCACGCAUUAAGGAUGACCCAUCAUUGAAGCCAAUUCUUGAUGAGAUAGAGACUGGAGGUCCAGCUACAAUGAUGAAGUAUUGGAAUGAUCCUGAAGUUCUACAAAAGCUUGGUCAAGCAAUGGGAAUUGGAUCUUCAGGAGAGACUGCAACUUCUACCGAGCUUUCUGGACCUGAAGAAGCAGAGGAAGAAGGUGGUUAUGAAGAUGAAUCUGCUGUUCAUCACAUGGCCAGUAUUGGUGAUGUUGAGUGCUUGAAGAAAGCCUUGGAAGAUGGCGGGGACAAGGAUGAAGAAGAUUCCGAGGGAAGAAGGGCUCUGCAUUUUGCUUGUGGUUACGGUGAGGUCAAAUGUGCUCAAGUGUUGCUUGAGGCAGGAGCUACGGUGGAUGCAUUGGACAAAAAUAAAAAUACUGCACUUCAUUAUGCUGCUGGUUAUGGGCGGAAGGAGUGUGUGGCUCUUCUAUUGGACCAUGGCGCAGCUGUCACCCUUCAAAAUUUGGACGGGAAGACACCCAUUGAUGUUGCCAAGCUGAACAAGCAGGAGGAGGUGCUGAAGUUGCUCGAGAAGGAUGCGUUUCUAUGAAGAGUUGUACUUCAGUUCUUGUGGGCAAGGGGGUGAGAAUGUGCUGCAGGUGGCCUGUUUGGGCAUCCCCCAGUUCUGCUGCUCUAGGUUUGUUGCUCUCUUCUUUGUGGGUGCUCAGUUGGGGUCUGUUUUCUCCAGUUGAACCAUGUGUAGUUUCUGGGAAUAAAUUGUCUACUCUUUGGAUGGAUCAGGGGAUCGUACUGAAUAAUAUUCAUUUCCUGGAGAAGCGAGCCGUGCUUAAUAAUGUGUCAUUUCAAGUUUCUUAGGUUAUUUUGGUAAGCAUUUAAUUUUAUGUAAAUGAGUGUGGAAGAACGAUGUAUGUGGAGUUCAAAUCGUCUCAAAUAAUCGAGUCGUUUGCAUUUGGUAAAUAAUUUAGGUAAAUAGACCUAAAUUUCUCUCCCUUGGAACUGCUCAUUUGGCAUUUGUCUCGUGCAUUUGACGUGUCCGGGGGUUGGCGUGUUACGGGACAAAGGAAGCCUGGGGAGGUGCAUUUCCCAGAGGUUGGAAGUCAUUAUGCUGCGAUGUGCUUUCAGUAAUUUGUUAUGUAAUAAAUUGUCUAAUAUAAUCUGGAAAAUUUUUUACC